GGCUGUGUAAGUUGUAGGAAGUGGUUUGGCUCCUCUUGAAGUCUUGCAGUUUACCACUCGGCGCUGCCCUCUCUCAGACAAUCGAUCAACCAAAACAGUACCAGAUCACUAUCAUCAGACCAUCAAUCGACCCAAGCUUGCACGGCUAGUACCACCGCAUAACCUUGACAAACCAUUCCCAGUGACCAUCCUCAUCACACUUAUAUCCACCCACCCUGCCUCUCUUCCAAGCUUACUCCCACCAUCAACCAGCUGGAGCAGAUUCGGAUAAAACUAAAGCUCUUCCAUACGAACUCCUUCGAUCACCGAUAACCCUAAUUCUUUCUUUUUCUUCAUUAAACAUGUCCUCAGUCGUUCCUACUUCCACUCACAUCCGUCUCCUGUAAACGCUCAACAUGGCUUCAACCAGCUCUGAUCCCACCUUCCGAAAGAGUGCUACCUUCUCUAGACGCAUCGGAAAGUAGGGCCCAAUGGUCGUGGUUCUAUCGUUGUUCAUAACCAGAACCCAUGACAAUGCCCAACUUCCCCAUGCGACUAAGAUGCAGAUGGCGGAUUACCUUAGGAAAUUCGAACAUCUUUUCAUGGUCACCCCUCAACGAAUGCGAAUGAUUGUCGAGGCAUUUAUCGAUACCCUUGAAGCAGGUUUGAAAGAGGAUGGACAGUGCGUUCCUAUGAUACCCACAUUUGUGUUUGGAUGGCCAACCGGCAAGGAAGUUGGCCCAUACUUGGCCGUGGACUUGGGCGGUACCAAUUUGCGUGUAUGUCAUGUGGAACUGCAGGGUGAUGGCAGGUUUGAAAUCACCCAAGCAAAAUACAAAUUGACGGAUGAACAAAAGCAACAAGAAGGAGAAAAGUUAUUUGACUUUUGCGCAGAAUGUUUAUCCAAGUUUGUCAACGAUCAAUAUGUUGACGAUGAUGGCAAUUUGCUGUUAGACGCGGAUAUCCCCCUAGGGUUCACCUUCAGUUACCCUUGCACGCAGAAGAAAAUCGACCAUGGUGAGCUCAUUCGUUGGACUAAAGGUUUCGGAAACCCCAACGUGGAAGGGCACGAUGUUGGCGAGAUUUUUUCCAAGUCAUUAAAGAAAUUUAAAGUACCCGUCAAGCUCACUGCAGUAAUUAACGACACCACUGGAACGCUUAUUGCGUCUUCUUACGUCGAUCCGGCCACCAGAAUCGGAGUUAUCUUCGGUACAGGCUGCAACGCCGCUUACAUGGAGAAAGUCGCAAAUAUCCCCAAGAUCGCCUCACUCGGCCUUCCUCCAGAUGCCGAGAUGGCUAUCAAUUGUGAAUGGGGGGCUUUCGAUUCUGGUACCCAUGAACACUUGCCUCGAACCAAGUAUGAUUUGGUCAUCGAUGAAACCUCUAAUAAGCCUGGAGAACAAGCUUUUGAGAAGAUGAUCGCCGGCCUCUAUCUUGGUGAAGUUUUCCGACUGAUCGUAGUGGAGAUGAUCGAAGAAGGGAUCUUGUUUUUGGGUCAGAAUACAUAUAAGAUGGAAAAGAGCUAUUGUUUCGAUACUGCCUUCCUCAGUCUGAUCGAAAGUGACCCCACAGAGGAAUUAUUGACAGUCACAGGGUUAUUUACACACUUCUUUGGCUUGGAUACCACGAUUUCCGAACGCCAGUUUUUCCGAAGACUUGCGGAAUUGAUAGGUACCAGGUCCGCUAGACUUUCGGCCUGUGGAAUAGCGGCUAUAGUGUCCAAGAUGGGAAUGGUCGAAACCGGAUGUGGAGUGGCUACCGAUGGAAGUCUUUACAAUAAAUACCCACAAUUUCCCCAAAGGUUACACGAAGCUCUCGUGGAUAUUUUUGGUGAAAAGGGCCGCUUAAUUAAAACCUAUCAUGCCGAAGAUGGCUCCGGAGUAGGAAGUGCAAUAAUUGCAGCGAUGACCAAAGCAAGAUUGGCAGAGGGCAAAUUCACUCAUGUCUAGUCUUCUGGCGAAGAGAGGCCCCAAGAUCACAUGCUUUGUUGGUAUUUGGGCUGGGGAGGGGGGGGGGAUGACAAAAGAAAGAACUUGAGUGGAAAAAACUCAAUUUUCAAUCAUGCCUUGUUUUCUUUAAUUUAUUUUUUUCUAUCUGCUUAUUUUUUUUUCUUUCAUCUAUUAAAAAACACAAGAGAUAAUCUACUGAGUUUCUCUGAGAUAAUUGUGGGGUAUAUUUGCGUCAUGAGAGAAGUAGUAGUUGUAAAAAAAAGUAGAAUGGUUUGAGAAGUUCAGAUAUUGACUGAUAUACAUACAUAAACAUAAAUAUAUAUUUAUUUCCUCAUGUUUUCCAAAGAUCAACCCACACCAUCUGCAGCUCAAGUUGCCUAGUUUUUCUUCAAAAACUUGUUUCAGAUAAAUACAUACAUGCAUUUCUUAUGCAUGGCUCCAUUUGUAAAUCAUGGAGGUUCU